AUGUCAGAAAAUAAUCAAGAAAAUAAAAUCAACAUUUUGGCUGACAAGGAAGGCGUUGACUAGCAAAGCAUUUAGCAAAAUAAUCACAACGAGAAUCCUUAAUAAAAUCAUUUAACUGUUCCUUAACAGCCAAAGCACACUGUGCAGGAUGACAUUGCUGAAUUAAGUCAAGCUAUUUAAAAAAAAAGAAAUUCAUAAAGAAAAUCAGUUUUUAGUAAUCACGAAGAAAUGAAUUUAGGAGAGUUAAUCAGUAAGCACAGCUAAGAUUAAGAAAAAAACAAUGGUAAUUUAGAUUCUAAUGAAAUCAAUACCCUCUAAUAAUCUAUGUAGGACAAAGCAAAUUAAAAUAAUUUAAAAUAAGAUUAAAAUGAUGCUUCAUCUGAUGUAAAUAAUAAGAGUGCUGAAUUAUAACUACCUGUUAAACCAUAGCAUAAUGUGCAAGAUGACAUCAAAGAAUUCAAUGAACAUAUAGUCUAGAGAAGGAGUGUUAGGAGAGCCUCGAGAUUUUAAGAAGAGAAUCUUUCUCAUUUAUAAGAAAUUGCUAGUCAGUUGUAAGAUAACGCUAAUAAAAAAUAAGAUGAGAAUGAAAAUAACCAAAACACUUAAGUUGCUUCAAAUAAGCGUGAAGAAGGUGAAGAAAAUGAUCAAAAUUAGAUUUAAAGCCUAAAUGACUUGCACGAAAAAGAAAAAAAAUUAGAAAAUAAUGCAGACUAAGAAGGAGAAGAUCAAAAUCAGUUAUUAAAAGAAAAUGAGGAACACACUUAAUAAAAGUCUAUUUCUGAAUUAUAGGAAGAAGCGAAAUAAAAGCCAAAUGCUUUGAAUGAAGUUAUAAAGCUGAGCAGUUAAAUUUAAGUUAAGAGAGAUCUCAAAAGAAAAUCCACUUUUUCAAUGACUAAUAUCAAACAUGAUGAUGACGAAGAAGAUAAUGAUAAUAACAAGGGUGAUAAAUAAGACAAUGACUAAUAAUAAUAAUAAUAAUAAUCAAGUGAUCAAGCUGAAUAGCACCAUUCAAAUGUAUCUCCUGGUAAAGAAAAAAAGCAAAAUGCAUUUAACGAAAUAAUCAAGCUAAAUAACGAAAUACAUUUUAAAAGCAGUCUGAAGAGAAAAUCUACUUUCUCUUUACCAGUUAUCUAAGAUGAUGAUGACGAAUAAAGUGAAUCUAAAGAUAAACCAAAGUCAGUUAAAUUACCUGAAGAAAACGAAAUCAGUAAAAUCAAAGAACAGCCUUCAAUUGAAGAAAAAGGAGAUAAUGAAGAAAAUGAAAGUCAGAACAACAAUGAUUAAAAGGAAGAUGAAUAACAUUAGAUUCAAGGUGGAAAAAAGCCUAAUGCGUUUGUGGAAAUUUUAAAAUUAAACAGUGAUAUUUAAGUAAAAAGACAACUAACAAGAAAAUCAACUUUUUCACUACCAGUUCAUUUAGAUGAUGAGGAAGAGGGCAAAGACUAAGAAAAUUAAGAUAAGAAGUCAGAAGAUAAUAACAAUGAUAAUGAUGAUAUGUAAAGUCAGCCAUCCUCUACAUCUUUGUAGUAAAAUAUAAAUGAAAACGCUGGAAAAGAUGCUGAAGUAGAAGAUCAAUAAGAGAAUGGCUCUGGUUAAAAAAAGCCAAGUGCUUAUUAAGAAAUACUGAGCCUGAACAACUAAAUACAAUCCAAGAGAUCUUUGACAAGAAAAUCAACAUUUUCUGUUCCUCAUAUUCCAGAUGAAGAAGAAGAAGAAGGAGAUAAAAAUGAAAAGAAAGACGAUAAUUCUAAAAUUACUGAGGAAUCACACCAUUUGGACGACACAUAGGAAAUGGCCAAAAAGAAGCCUAAUGCCCUAAACGAAAUAAUAGAGUUAAACAAUGUUAUUUAGCAUAAAAGAGACCUUAAAAGGAAAUCUACUUUUUCAAUUCCAGUUAUUAGAGAUGAAGAUUUAGAAUAAAAAUAAGAAGAACAAUAAGAAAAUAAGCAGAUAAAGAAUAAUGCCUUGAAUGAAAUUCUUGAGUUAAGCGAUUAAAUACAAGUAAAGAGAAAUUCAAGAAGAAAAUCUACAUUUUCUUAAGGCCUACACAUUCAUGAAUAAAAUGAGCAGUAAAAAAAUGAGUAAAAUAACUUAAUAUAAAAUGAAGAAGGCGAUAAUCAGCACGAAGAAGGAGCAGAAGAUGAAAGCGAAGAAGCUAGGCUUUAAAGACAAAAAAAGAAAAAGAACUUGAUGGAUUAUAAAGAAUAAGAGGCAGAUCAUCCAGUGAAGAAUGCUCAACGUAACAAAUCACAACAAAAGAAGCAUAUUUUUCUUGAAGAAAAUAAAUAGAAUUUCAGAAAAGUCAUUCACCCUUCCUAAAAACAACAAUAACAAACUGAUAAAAAUAAUAAUUAAGAAGAAUAAGUUUUAGAAGUAAAUAUUUAGUAAAAAGAGCCUCAUUAAAAAUAAGUAGACGAUGAUGACAAUUAAAAAGCUAAAUAAGAAUUUGAUUAAAUUUAGAAUUUGCAGAAACAAGAGAUUUUAAACAUUAACUUAAAUAGCAAUUAAUAAUCUCCAGAAAAGUCAUUAGACAAGAAAUAAAAGAAUGAGAGAAGAGACGAAUUUGCAUUGUAGAGAAAGCUUGAAUACCUAACUGCCAAAUCAGCUAAAAAUGAGCUAAUUAGAAAAGAAAAAGGAAAUAUACCUCAUAAUAAAUUUAUUGCAUAAGAGUUGUCUAAGGAAAUAAAAAUCAGAGAAGCUAAUAAAAGAAAGAGAGAACUUGAAACCAUGCUAGCUCAAAUAAAUAGAGAAAUUUAAGUCAUUAGAAACUCUGAUCCAGAUUAUGAGAGCUUAGCAAUUAAUAAUUUGCAUAUAAAAUCUGUCUAAGAUGAAAAUUAAAGAUCUUAAAACAAUCACCUUUACAGUAGCAUUGAAAGCCAAAAGAACUCAGGUAGAAUUCUUCCUCCAAUAAAAAAAAAUAAUUAAAUCAAAGAGAUGAUUAAAAUUGCAGAAGAUUAAGUUGCAAAUUAAAAUGCUGUUUCAAUUGUGUAAAAGUACAAAAAAGAAAAAGAGUUUAAGAGACAAAAAAGAGAGCAAGAAUUCCAACAAGUAAACAACUAAAUUUACAAAGAAGUUGAACUUAGAAGACAAUAAAAUGAGACUCUCCAUGAGAAAAUUAUUUUAGAAAAGAGAUAAAAACUUUUACAUAAAAAGUAGCAAAAUGACACUAAAAAAGCUGAGCAGCAACAACUUCUUGUCGCCUCUAAGAAUUUUGUUAAAGAAUUACAUUAAAUUGGACCUGGAAAAGCUACUGAUAAUUACUUGAGUUAAGUAAACUAAAUAGAUAGCGAAUAUAAGUUUGGACCUUACUAAACUCCAGAAUUAGAUGCAUAAAAGCUAGGCCUCUAACAAAUUAGAAACUUAUAAAAAGGUGAAUAACUAGAUGGAGCUCCCCUUCCCAAUUUUAUGAAAAACAAAAACAAUAAUGAUUUUAAAAAGUUGUUAGAAGAAAACAAAAUAAAUCGUGAUAGAGAAAUUAAGAUUAUAGAAAAUCGUAAAGACCUCUACAAUAAAAGAAUGGAAUAUUCUAAAUCAGUAAAAAACAACUUGCUAAGAGGAGGAAGAAAAUUAGAUAUCAGUAGUAAUCUCCUAUUCUAAGAUGAAGGAUUAAAUAAAAAUAGAAUAGUAGUAAGUAGCAGCGUCACCAAUUUGGAAAAAAAGAAAAAAUAGCUAAACUAAUUUGAUAAAUCUAAUAAUAAAUAUUCUGAAGAGUAAGAUGAAAACAAAUAAAUUUAAGAAUAAGAAUUAAUAGAUAUUCCUUAGUCUCAAUCUACAAAAUCUGUUAACAAUAAAGUAUGGAGAGUUGUCAAGCAUUGA